AUGACUGAUGAUUUAGAACAAACCUUGUAUAAUGACUUAAAAUUAGCAGGUGUAAUUUUUGCGUCAAAUUAGGUUCUUCAAGAAUCUCAGAUUCCUUCAGACCGCAUUUAAUUCAUCUAGAUUUGUAAGACAUACCUUUCAAACAGAAUUCAGAAUCAGAUUCUAUGCCACAACCAAAUUCGGUUUAGAAUUUUCGUUUUAAAGAAAUGAGUAUAUCAAAGAGUAAAAAUAAAAAUUUGUAUUCAUUGAAGAGUCUUCAAUGUUAAAAUAAUUUACCAGAUAAAAAUGAUCGACAAAAGCAUCAAAGAAAUUAAGGAAUGGCUAAGAUGUUGGCAAUUAACAAUUUAGUGAAAUAAUUUAUUGAAAAAUUAAAAAAGAAAGCAUACAUAUUUCCAUUUAAUCUGAGUGAACAAAUACGAGAAAAUUUGAGGGAGCAAAAAAAAAAAUGUUGGAAAAAGAUAAAACAGACAUAGACUUAGAUUUCAGAAGAUGGUAGUAAAAAAUAGAUCAUAAGAAAACUUCCUAUAUUUAACCCUGCAAGUAAAGUGAUGUUGUUAUGGGAAUUUUUUAGAGCUCUUUAAUUGACAAUAUUGUUAUGGUGGUUGCCAUUCAAAAUAGCUUUUAAUCCAACAUAAAGUAAAAAUGUUGAUGCCUUUGAGAGUGCUUUAACAUAUAUAUUUGCAGCAGAUUUAGUAAUUAAAUUUAAUAGGGGUAUUUAUGAUUAAGGAAAGUUGAUAAAAAAUAGAAUUAGUAUUUUGAAACAUUAUGUUUAUAACGAAUUGCAUGAGGAUAUAAUAUAUUUCAUAACUUUAAUAUUUGUGAUUAGCAAUAUUGGUAUAAGAGCAGGUGGAUUUUAGGAAGCGAUUGUAUUAGUAUAAUUUGCAUUAAAUUUUAUCAAAUUAAAGAAAUACCUUACAAAAUAUGAAGAGACUUUUGUUGAAUCUCCAAUUUUAACAGAAAUAGUAAAGCUUAUAUAGCUGAUUAUAAUUACAUUUUAUUGUGCACAUUUUAUGGCAUGUAUAUGGUAUUAUGUGGGUGUUAAAAGUAUAGAAGUGAAUGAAAUAUCUUGGACUUAAGAUCCAAAAUUUGAUUAUUCAGGUGUUUUUCAAAUGUAUAUUUAUUCAUUUUAUUGGGCAAUAACUACUAUGGUAACUGUUGGAUAUGGAGAUAUUUCAGGUAAAAAUGUUUAUGAAGUACUAUGUGCUAUCGUUCUCAUGAUUUUUUCAAGUGGAAUCUUUGCUUUCUCAAUGAAUCAAAUAGGAUCCAUGUUUAAUAAUAUGGAUGCCUAAAAAUAACUAUAUAAGAGAACUUUGUUACUAAUUAAUUAAUAUAUGAAUAAUAAUUAAGUUGCUGAAUAACUUCAAGGCAGAAUUAGAAAUUAUUUGAAAUAUCAUUAUCAUAAACAAGAGAAACUAUAUAAAAAUGAAAUUAGUAGUAUUAUAGAUAAAUUGCCAACUACUUUAAAAUCAGAAUUAAUUUAAGAUGUAUAAUUUAGAGUUAUGUAAUGCAUUCCUUUUUUUAACAAGAAUUUUUCAGAAGAAAUCCUCCCCUAAAUUGCUUAUGAGUUAAAUCUUUAAUCUUAUACACCUAGAGAAAUAAUUUAUUAAUAAAAUUAAAUAGAUGACUGCAAUAUCUUUAUAGUAUGGAAAGGAUAAGUUAAUUUAAUUGAUGAUAACUCAGGAAAAGUACUUAAAACAUUUAAUACUGGAUAAUGUUUUGGAGAAUUAGAAUUUCUGACUAAUCAAAAAAGACUAAGCACAGCUAUUAGCUGUGAUUUCAGUCAAAUUUAUUACAUAUCGAGGAAUUAAUUUCUUAAAAUACUCAACUCUUAUAAUAAUGAUUUUUAGUAAUUUCAUCAGUUGAAAGAUUAAAUUUUAUUUUAAUAUAAUUCAUCAGCUAUUUAAUGCUAUUGUUGUUAAGAGUCCCAUCCUAUUUGGAAAUGUCCUUAUAUUCAUUAUAAGCCUGAUUUAGAAAGAGUAAUAAAAAAGAGUUUCUAUUUGGAUUCAUUGUAAGAACGUUCCUAAUUCAAAAGAAAAGGAACUCGUUUAAAUGUUUAUUAUUAAGAAAGCAUACUUUAAAGUUCAAAGCACAUUAAAACAUCAAAUGAUUUGGAUAACAAUACUGCAGGAGAUAUACAAUAGAUAGGAUCAAUAAAUGAAUCAAAUGAAUCAUCUGAAGAAAGUAUGAAAAAUGAAAAAAAGAGUGAUCAAAUUCUAACAUUGUCUUAUGCAUUACCAAGCGAAAGUAGAAGAAAAAGCUAAAGAACUAAAUUUGCACCUGUAUCUCCUCUUAAAACAGAAUCACCUUUGCCUAAACCAAUAGAUAUGCUUCGAUACGGUUAGAGAACAAGAAAAAGUCUUUUCUUGUCUGAUUAAAGUGUGAUUAGUGCUUUAUAAACUAAACGAAAUGAAUUUUUAAAAAAAACAACAUCAUUAGGUUAAUAAUAGAAUUUUAUGAAGCAAAUAUCUACCUAUGAAAAUGAAAAUCAUCCUGAACCGUUAAGUAUGAUUGAAGGAUUAGAUAAAAUGAUAAUUUACUCUCAUUAUUUUCCUGACAAUAAUUUUGACAAGAUUAUUGAAUCUUUAUUUAAAUACCUAAAAAAAUUUAAAUUAACAAGAACUUACAUGAUCGCAAACAAAUAUUCUUUUGUUAGGUUAUAAAAAUAAGAAAAAUCCUAAGUGAAAAAACCUAUCCAGUUUAAAUAACAAAAUUUUAAUAGAUGA